AUGGAUCAGCAAGGCCAGUCCGGGCCGCCAGGCCCCGGAGGGCGCAAGCUCCAUAUUGCUCAUCGGAGAAGUCCCUCUGAGCUGACCCCUUUGAUGAUGGAACAAUUGGCCAUCCAGCAACAAAUUGAGCUGCUCCAGCAGCAGCAGCAGCAAAUUGCUGCCACACAUCAACAGUACGUUAAUAUGGGCCUACUCCAGCCUCAGCAGCUGGGUCAGGUCAACGCCUUCUCUCCCGGCGGCAACAUGGGUGGUGUUUCUCCUCAGGUCAACAAUGCCUUCCAAUUCCCCCAGCAGCAACCGCAGCAGCUUGGAGCUUCGAUGCACGCGCCACCCAACCACUCGCACCGCCGCAAUCAAUCCGCUCUGCCCGGUCUCCCAAUGGGCCCCCCUCCUGCUCCGUCGUCGGGAGCCUCCGGUUAUGCUGAUCAGCACCAGCAAGGUCCCAACCACAGGAACGAGAAUAACAACCACGGCCGUGGUCGUGGAGGUCCACCUGGUGGUGGCCACCAGCGUCGCCAUUCUCUAGCUCUCCCAGAAGCCAAGAAGGCCGCCGAGCUCGCCCAACAGAAGAGAACCGCCUCGGGUUUCCAAUUCCCGGCUCCUGCGCCUGGUGCUAGUGGCUCGGAAGGCCAGUCUGAUGACAAGCCUGCAUCCAGCACUUCUCCUGCGCCGCAAGGCCUCGGUAUGCAGCGUGCUGGCAACAUUCGGGCCGGUGGUCACGGUCGAAGCCAGUCCAUGGCUAUUGGUGGUAAUCGUGGCUCCAUCUCUGGCCGCGGUGCAGGUGGAUUCCAAUUCCCCGCUGCUCCCGCUGAAGGAGGGCCAAAUGACAGCCAGCGCCGGGGCAGCCAGCCCGGUGGACACGCUCGUACGGGUUCCCGAAACUUUGACGGCAAUUGGCGCCAGCCCAACAACCAGAACCAGGGACAAGACCAACAGCAGCAGCAGCAACAACAACAGCAGCAGCAGCAGCAGCAGGGUGGUUUCCAGCCUGGACACCGCUCGCGGCAGUCUAUGAACCAGUCGAUGGGCUCCAUCGGCCAGUUCCAGUACCCUGGUCAGCUGAUCCAGCUGCCCCAGGGACAAGUCAUGAUGGCUCCUCCUCAAAUGUUCGGUGGCCAGCAGUUGAACCCGCUCCAGCUUGCACAACUCCAGGCCCUUCAGCAACAGAAUGGUCAGGGUAUGGGCGGUCUCGGUGUCAGUCAGCACGCUCCGCCCCAGCUGUCUGUUCAGCAGCAGCAGCAGCAACAACAACAACAGCGCAAGACGCUUUUCACUCCUUACCUGCCCCAGGCCAACCUUCCUGCUCUUAUUAGCAACGGCCAAUUGGUUGCCGGUGUCCUGCGUGUGAACAAGAAGAACCGCUCUGACGCCUAUGUGACAACUCCUGAUCUUGACGCCGACAUCUUCAUUUGUGGUAGCAAGGACCGUAACCGCGCCCUUGAGGGUGACUACGUUGCGAUCGAGCUCCUCGAUGUGGAUGAGGUGUGGUCCCAGAAGAAGGAGAAGGAGGAAAAGAAGAAGCGCAAGGACAUCACCGAUGCGCGCUCGGGCAGCAAUGCUGGUAAUGACAAGCUGGGUCGCUCUGAUUCCAAUGGCGAUAGGCAAGAGAUUGGCCCGGAUGGAAGCAUCCGCCGCCGUGGCAGUCUUCGUCAGCGACCUACGCAGAAGAAGAACGAUGAUGUCGAGGUUGAGGGACAGAGUCUUCUGCUUGUUGAGGAGGAUGAGAUCAGCGAUGAGCAGAAGCCCUUGUACGCUGGACAUGUCGUUGCGGUCGUUGAACGCAUUGCGGGCCAGAUGUUCUCCGGUACCCUCGGUCUCCUUCGUCCCAGCAGCCAGGCUACCAAGGAGAAGCAGGAGGCCGAGCGGCAAGCCAGAGAUGGUGCCCACGGCCGUAACCAGGAUCGUCACCAGGAAAAGCCUAAGAUUGUCUGGUUCAAGCCCACCGAUAAGCGUGUGCCUUUGAUUGCCAUUCCUACUGAGCAGGCCCCGCGUGACUUCGUGGAGAAGCACCAGGAUUACGCCAACCGCAUCUUUGUCGCCUCCAUUAAGCGUUGGCCUAUCACCUCUCUGCACCCCUUCGGUACCCUCGUUGAGCAGCUUGGAGAGAUGGGUGACCUCCGUGUCGAGACGGAUGCCCUCCUCCGUGACAACAACUUCGGAUCUGAUGAGUUCUCCGAUGCCGUUUUGAAGAGCAUCGGCUGGGAAGAUUGGUCUGUUGCCAACGACACCGAGGCUCUCGCCACCCGCCGUGACUUCCGUGGGGAGACCACUUUCACCAUCGACCCGCAAGACACAAAAGCCCUUGAGGAUGCUUUCCAUGUCAAGAAGCUUGAUGACGGAAAGGUCGAGAUCGGUGUUCACGUUGCUGACAUCGCCCACUUCGUCAAGGGUAACUCUCUUGUGGACCGUGAAGCCAAGAAGCGCGGUACUGCUGUCUAUCUGGUUGACCGUCUUAUGAAUAUGCUUCCCCCUCGUGUGUCCAAUGAGCUAUGCUCCCUUCUCCCUGGCGAGGACCGUCUGACUGUCAGCGUCGUCUUCAAGGCUAGCCUUGAGACUGGCGAGAUUGAUGAUGACGUCUGGAUUGGCAAGGGUGUCAUUAAGAGCGCAGGCCGUCUCAGCUACGAGGAGGUUAACUCAGUCAUCACUGGCAAGUCGACUUCGACCGGUGCCGGUAUCACCAACGACAACAUUCAAUUGUUGAGCACUGUUGCUAACAAGUUCCGGGAUGCGCGUUUCGGCAACCGUGCUGCUAACGUCCCUAGCCUGCGUCUGCUCCAGCAGCUUGACGAUGAAAAUGUGCCUGUUGAGUAUAACAUCUUCGAUUCUACUCCUGCCCAUGAGCUGGUUGAGGAGCUGAGCCGCCAAGCCAAUUUCUUUGUCGCUCGCAAGCUGGUUAGUGCCAUGCCUGAGAAGGCAUUCCUUCGCCGCCAGGAUCCUCCCAGCGACCGCCGUCUUACGCUGUUUAUUGAGAGAAUGAACCGUCUUGGCUUUGGUCUUGACGCAUCAAGCAGUGGAACUCUGCAAAGUACUCUGUGCAAGGUUGAAGAUGUCGAUCUUCGUAAGGGUAUGGAAGUCCUGCUUGCGAAGGCCAUGCAGCGGGCCAAGUACUUUGUUGGAUCUGGUUCCCCCGACGAGCAGCGCCAGCACUACACCCUCAAUGUGCCGGUUUACACUCACUUUACCAACCCAUCUCGCCGUUAUGCCGAUGUUCUUGUGCACCGUCAGCUCGAGGCAGUCCUCUCAGAAGGCGCUAUUGAGUUCACCGAGGACAUGGAGUCUUUGAACAAGACCGCCGACCUUUGCAACAACAAAAAGGAUUCGGCUCUCAAUGCUCAAGAGCAGAGUGUUCACAUCGAGGCCUGCCGCAACAUGGACCGCAAAGUUCAUGAGAUUGGUGGCGACCUCAUCAGCGAGGGUAUCGUGCUUUGCGUGUACGAGUCCGCCUUCGACGUUCUUAUUCCCGAAUACGGUUUCGAGAAGCGUGUCCACUGUGACCAGCUUCCUUUGAAGAAGGCCGAGUACCGCAAGGACUCUCGCGUGCUUGAGCUUUACUGGGAGAAGGGCGUUCCUUCCUCUGCUUACAUCCCUGAGGAUGAGCGUCCCAAGCCUGGCAACUCUCGCGCUGCUCAGGCCGCUGCCGCCGCUCGCGAAGCUGAGGCUGCUAAGCAGCGUGCUCGUGAGCACGACGAGGCCAUGCGCAAGCAGACGGAGACUGGAACCAUGUCUGCUGACGAUGUCGAUGCCCUCUUCGAUGAUGAUGAGGAUGUGGAUGAGGUGACUGAGGCAGCUGCCGGUGUCUCUUUGAACUCGGCUGACCGCUCGACCCAGAGCAUGCCGCCAUCGCCUACCCGCAAUGGCCACCUUCAACAGGGACCUCACCGUACUCGCUCUGACCCCAAGAUUGCCUCGAGCACCAGCGAUGCGCCCGAGAACAAGAUGACCAACAAGGAGAAAUACCUGAAGCUCUUCAAGCUGCGCGAGGAGAAUGGAGAGUUCAUCCAGGAUGUCACUGAGAUGACUCGCCUCCCCAUCAUCCUGAAGACCGACCUGAGCAAGAGCCCGCCAUGCCUGACUGUUCGCUCUGUCAACCCUUACGCUCUGUAA